UCGUGUGUAAUUUGUGCAAACUUCGUGGAGGGACCUAAUAAUUUCUCAGUUAAUCGAGUUACGGCUGACUGAGAGGUGGAGGCCAAAUGGAGAGAGCGAAAGAGUGUCUGCAAUUGAGUGAGGAAGAAACAGAGCAAGUCUCGCGACUCACCAUUCCUUCUCACCGAGUUGGUGUCGAACCCAGCUUCUACGAAUAUUAUGCACUGAGGGGCAUCCGAGUCCACCGAGUCGAACCCGGUUUCGUCGCCUGUACUUUCAAGGUCCCCCCUCGUCUCACCGAUAGGACUGGAAAGCUGGCUUCUGGUGUGAUUGCGAACCUAGUUGAUGAAGUUGGUGGUGCUGUGGUCCAUGUUGAGGGUCUGCCCAUGAAUGUUUCAGUGGACAUGUCGAUAUCAUUCCUUUCAACUGCAAAUGCCAAUGAUGAGUUGGAUAUUACGUCGAGGGUUUUAGGCCAAAGAGGAGGUUAUUCCGGAACAAUCGUGCUUUUGAGAAACAAGGCAACUGGGGAGAUUGUUGCUGAAGGUAGGCAUUCAUUGUUUGGUAAACAUGCUAGCAAAAUGUGAGCCUACUGCACUCUUUUGAAUGUGAUUCUAAACACCAUCUGAAAUGUAAGACUUCCGCCAUUAUGAAUCCCGGAGAGGGUUAAAUUUAGUCUUACUUCAAACCGUGAUCAGGAGAUCACGAUGGAGGUUUCUGUUUCUUAUUUUAAAUGCAUGUCUUAUUCAAGAAUAAUAACGUUUCAUGAAAGAAGCUGGGAAUCUGGUUCUUCUAUAACAGAUCAUCUGUUUACUAUUUA